GGUUAAGUAAAUAUUUAUACAUUACAAAUAUUUUAAGUUUCAGAAACGCUAGUGUGUACGUCUGUCGUAGAGUCGCUCGAUCCACAGCCGACGGCUACCCUAACACCCCUUCAAACCAAUUAUAACAAAUCUUAUUAAAACCCAGGCUAUUCCAUUCAUCUUUUAUAGUGCAGUUAGAACAAUAAAUUCGCCGAGAUGAUUUACGAUGAGAUCAUACAUUUCGAAAAUCAUAAAGACAUAAAACUAUGCUUUAGCAAAGGUGUAAAAUUUACAAAUUGCAAAACUUAUAAUACAGCCUUGGCGAUGCAAGAGAACUUAUGGCAUCAGAUAAUAAUCUCUCAUCGCGCAAAUGUACGCCAUUCAUCGCAAAGGCAAGAAGAGAUACUAGAUGCUAUAUUUAAAGUUGUUGAUUGCGAAGAGUUUUUUCCAAUAUCCUACAAGUGUGGUUCGUCGAAUGAUAGUUUUUUGGUACGGAAAUGUAAACCAGCUCUGGAUAAACUAUUUGAUCACAAUUUACAAAUAUAUAUAAAAAAUGGAGUUAGUUACAAUUUGUCAGUGAUACUUGGAAUAGCAGAUUAUGAAUUUGGUCAGAUUUCUGCACAAAGUCAAAUACCAGAGGCUGUGAUUCGUUUGUUGGGAGAAUUAAAUUUUGCAUCUGACGGAGUAGUAAACCUUUCAGAAUUUAGAAAAAACAAGGAAUUCAAUAAGGUUUAUAUUAAUCUCGGAAAUAGUGGAGUGCUUGACUGUAUAUGUAAAACUGUUUUUAAAAGCAAUAAUUUUCGACAUGUUAAUGGCAUCAAUUUGGCGAACAAUGGUAUUUCUGUUUUGACGCCUUUAGAUAUUUUUAAAGAUACGUUGCUCACACGUUUAGAUUUAAGAAAUAAUAAGAUAAGCUCGGCAACGCGUCUAUGUGCAGAUUUAAAAAAUAUAAAAGCUGAUGAGAUACUUUUAGGUGGAAAUAAGAUAACGACCUUAAACACAUAUCCAACAUGUCUUAAAGAUAUUCUUUCCAAUUUUAAAUUAAUUGAUGGCAGAAAUAUAGAAAAGCUUACAUCUGAUUAUACUCCUAUGCAGUAUGAAGUUGAUUCAACAGUGGAUGGAUAUCGGAUUGAUUGGACAAAUAAAUCAGACGUUAAGAAAUUCUCCGAUAGUGAUCAUUGGCAUGUUGUUGUGGUGCCAGACUCAGAGAAGCAAUAUUCAAAAGAUGAAAUAUUUGAAGGAUUUUUUGCUACACUUGACCAAAAAAAGACAGAAGUUUAUCCAUGCUAUUAUAAGUUUGAAAAUGCAGAGCACAAAUUCAUGGUGCGAAACUGUUUCGAUCAAAUUGAAUAUUUGGUACAUAAGUGCAAUAUGGAAAUAAAAUUUGUACAUAAAGAAGCGCCAUCCUCGAGCAACGAUUUUGUAGCAACGGAACAUGUUAUAUCAAUUAAUUACUAUUUUCGUAUGAAUGUGUCGCAAUUUGUGAAGGGUCAGUUGGAACCAGAAAUUGCUAUUGAAAAAGCACUUGAAGCGCGUUAUAAUGGCAUUAAACGAAUUCUUAACUUAGCAAAUUUUCAGGAUUCAACUGACUUUGCAAGUGUGGUGAUAAAUAUGAGUCAGCUUAAGGUACUUAAAACUAUAUUGAGUAAAGCUUCACGAAAGUUUGUUGGACGUUGUAUUGAAAUCAACUUAAGUCAGAAUAAAAUUAUUAAUGCUAAUUGCCAUAAGGCCUUAGCUUUCAUUGGAACACUAAGAGCUAUAGAUUUAGGUUUUAAUUCAAUAGAGGAAAUUAACGACUUCAAUGACCUAAAGAAGCUGGGCUUAAAAUCCUUAGUACUUGAUGGAAAUCCAUUUUGUUCCAAGUUUACUGAAGCGAAAGAAUAUAGAAGUUUAAUGUUAAAAUACUUUCCAGAACUUGAAACUUUGGAUGGAGUUAAACUGUCAAAACGAAGUACAUUAUCUACUUUAAAAAAUUCUUUGACUGAUUUAGAUGCAUAUCAUAUCGUUAAUACGUUUGUGCCAGUUUUCUUUCAAAAGUAUGAUUCAUCUAAUCGUGUAGAAUUAGGAGGACUCUAUCAUCCAAAAUCUUUAUUUAGUUUAACUUUCGAUUUUAAAGUUACUGUACCUUCUGUGGAUGCAUUAAAACGUUUAACUGUAUAUGAAGAGUAUUCACGAAAUAUCUUAAAAAUGAAGUCGUUUGACAGAAGCUACAACAGUUUACAUUACGGUCCUGAUGAUAUUAUGCGAGCGUUCAUGUCACUUCCGAAGACAACGCAUGAUAUGUUAACUUUUCAUACGGAUACAACACAGUUUUAUGGAUAUACUAUAAUAACAAUUAAUGGAGUAUUUUCGGAUAAAUCUGAUUUAUUGACGAGUAGUGUCAUAAAUAUGGCAUUCUCGCGUGUAUUUACACUUAUUUGUGUCGAUCGCUGUGCGGGUUUCUUGAAAGGGGCAGAGAAAUAUAUGAUAUUGAACGAUCAGUUGCAUAUUUGUAAUCCGACGAAGCAACAGACUCAAGUUGCAUUUAAAUAUGAAAAGAUUGAUGUGCAGGAGGAUGAAACUAUAACGGAAGUCGAGAAAGUAUGUUGCUUGGAAAUGUUUAAGGAAGUAACUAAAUUAAAGAAUGUAUGGGCAUCUCGAUUUUUAAAUCAAGCUAAUUGGUCUUUUAAAAAAGCCUUAGAACUUUUUAUGAACUCUAUGGACAAAGAAGAACUACCAGAUGCGGCCUUUAAACUCGAAUUAGAAAGUGCUUAAGUCAAAUCUCUUUUAUGUUUUUUUUUAAUAUUUUAAAAAUUAUGUUUAAAAAAAUAAAUUUAUAACAUUAUUUGUA